CUCUUACGCCGACGGUUUGCGGCGUUGCAACUUUGCGCCCCAAUUCCACCUCCAAACCCUCCCCACACCUCUUCUUCCACGUCUGGGUGAUGCGUACCGGGAAUAUAUCCGCACUCCCUCCAGCCUCUUCCGCGUAUUGGAUUUACAGGCGAACCUGGGCGCUGAAGGCAGCGUUUUGGGAGACUUUUACGACCUGCUCCUGCGUGGGAUUUCGGCGUUGAGUGGGUUCGGUUUCGAUGCAGCCCACUUUUGGACGAGGCCGUGCAGAGAAGCGCGCAUACGGACGCACCAUGCAUUUGGUUUAAGAGCCCAUCUGAUCCAGUCCAAAGUGCCAAAUUAAGCCCAGAUGGCGAACGAGUGUAACCGCACCAUCGUGGAAAAUUACAUCUGCCAUAAACUCUCCAAACGCGGCUACGAGUGGGGGUUCGGCGCCUCCCGGGAGGACGAUGUUGCUAUUAACGGGCCACUAGUUGCCCCCUCGCCGACUUUGGUGCACCGGUGCCGCGAAGCCAGCGCCGGGCCCGACGGCGACGGCACCCAGAGCCUCUGCAAGCGAAGCCCCGGCUCGGAGCCGGAGCAGCUCGCCGCCAUCCACCGGGUCCUCCGCGAGGCCGGGGACGAACUUGAGAGACUUUACCAGCCGGACUUCACCGAGAUGUCGCGGCAGCUCUAUCUGUCCUCCACCACGGCCCAGCGGAGGUUCGCCGAGGUGAUCGACGAACUGUUCCGGGACGGCGUCAACUGGGGCCGGAUCAUCGCCUUCUUCGAGUUCGGGGGCACCGUGUGCGUGGAGUGCGCCACCAAGGAGGAGAUGACGUCGCAGGUGGACAACAUCGCCGAGUGGAUGACGGAGUAUUUGAACGCAUCCCUCAACAGCUGGAUACAAGACAACGGGGGCUGGGAUGCCUUUGUGGAACUCUACGACCGUCAGAGGGAAUCAGUGUUCAGCUGCUCCUGGCCCUCCAUCAAGACCGUCUUCGGCCUAGCUGCUCUGGGGGCGGCGAGCCUCACCAUCGGCGCGUACCUGACACAGAAGUGACCUUUUUUUGGCUUUCAUUUCACUUUAUUUUAAAAACACUCCCCAUCCCCAAUCCGGACUGUGCCCUCAUGCCCAGAAUAACAAGACACUAAGUAGAUGGCGACGUUGUAGCAUGAGCCUUCCUUGUGUUAGCAUAGACCGUAGUUGCAUGUGUCAUAUGGGAGCUGACAUGAUGGUGGCGCCAGGCGCCAGCCCCCCGCACCGCUCGCCCCUGGAGAAGAAGCAGCCUUGCCCCUGCUUGUUGGGCUGGUGGACCCUUCUGAACUUUGGGCUCCGGUUACCAGCCUUCUGUACCCCCCCCCCCCCCCCCCC